AUGGACGAAGGUGAUAAGGAUGUUAAUACCGGCGGUUUCUGCUCGCACGGAGUCAAGGAUGACGAUGAUCGGAGGAGCGAGUCUUCUUCGUUUUACGGCGAUUCCAACGACAUCCUGUCGUCGAUGUCGUCGGAUCUCGCAGACGACGCGACCUACUCGUCUCCGAACUCAUCGUCGCUGCCUUCUUUUGACAUGUCGUCGCUGUCGGUGUCGCUCGAGGCUAAGAUCCCGGUCAAAAGAGGGCUGUCCAGGUUUUACGAGGGGAAAUCAAAAUCUUUCAGAUGUCUGUCUGAGGUUCGAUGCAUUGAAGAUCUUGCAAAACAGGAGACUCCCAGCGGAAAGAGGUUGAAGGCAUCUGGAGAGUAUGGGUUCGAUUCGACGCAAAACCGGUGCAACGAACCAAUAUUCAAUGGCAGGACAAUAUCGAAGAAGACGACAUCGAAGGGUUCAUCUGUCUUGUGGCAAGCGAGGAGGAACAGAAAUGGUGGUUUACCAAGCAGCACUAAAAAUGCUCAGCCUGCCUCUGCACGAGAACCUGCAGUACUGAAGAUGGACAAUACGUUUGCAAUAACAGAUUAG